AAUUUGAGGCUAAAGUAAUAAAAACAAAACUGUUUGGCAAAUUGAAAUAUGAUUAAAAGUUCUUAAUCACUAAUCCAAAUAUUAUGACCUCUACUCGAUAAAAAAACUUGAGUUAUCUCCACUCAAUUUUAAAACUUUUUAAUCACCUAUAAUUAAUAAGCCCGAGUAACAUCAAGUUUCCCCAAAAAAAAAUAAAAAAAAAUACACCAAAUUUCCACAGAUUCCCCGCAUUACUACACUCUCAAAAAAGACUUCCCGCCAUUCCUCUCUAUGAAAUGAAUAUAUUUCCAAAUGCUAAAAAAGCUGACAAAUUAGGGCUUUAACACCAAUUUUAGCUGAAACCCAUUUCUCAAAAUUGGAAAUAUUCUUGAACUCUACAUAACAAUGGGUAUACAAGGGCUUUUACCCCUCUUGAAAUCGAUAAUGUUACCCAUUAACAUCAAGGACUUAAAGGGGUGCAAUGUUGCUGUUGAUACAUAUUCUUGGUUGCAUAAGGGUGCACUUUCUUGUAGCAAAGACCUUUGUAAAGGCAUUCCUACUACCAAGCAUAUUGAUUAUUGCAUGCACAGAGUAAAUUUAUUGCGCCAUCAUGGUGUCAAACCUAUUCUUGUGUUUGACGGAGGUCCCUUACCAAUGAAGAUUGAACAGGAGAACAAGCGGGGAAGGUCUAGGAAGGAAAAUCUUUCUCGUGCAAUAGAGCAUGAAACUAAUGGAAACAUGACUGCUGCUUAUGAGUGCUAUCAGAAGGCUGUUGAUAUAUCACCUUCAAUGGCUCGCGAUCUAAUACAGGUCCUAAAGCUGGAAAAUGUAUGUUACGUAGUGGCUCCUUAUGAAGCAGAUGCCCAAAUGACCUUUCUGGCCAUCAGCAAACAGGUUGAUGCUGUUAUAACUGAGGACUCGGAUUUAAUAGCAUUUGGUUGUCCCAGGAUCAUUUACAAAAUGGAUAAGUUUGGGCAAGGUGUUGAGUUUCGGUAUUCCAAGCUGGACCAAAAUAAGGAACUGAAUUUAACAGGUUUCACAAAGCAGAUGCUUCUUGAGAUGUGCAUCUUGAGCGGUUGUGACUAUUUGCAGUCCUUGCCUGGAAUGGGCCUCAAAAAAGCUCAUGCACUUAUAAAAAAGUUCAAGAGUUCUGACAAAGUCAUUAAGCACUUGAGGUACAAUACUGCUGCAGUUUCUCCGCUGUAUGAAGAAUCUUUCAAAAAAGCAAUUAUGACUUUCCAGCAUCAACGAGUUUAUGAUCUCAUUACUGAAGAUCUAGUUCAUUUGUCCGAGCUCUCUGACCAUGGUAGUCAAGAUCUAGAUUUCCUAGGCCCGCUGAUACCCACCGAAGUAGCUCAAGGAAUAGCAAAAGGUGAUAUUGAUCCUUUCACCAUGAAUCCCUUUCAGAAAGAAGGCAACGCUGCUGACCUGGUUCAUAGCAGAACUUAUGAACUGAAUGACUUCAAAGUGGAAGGUGAAAGGAGGAAGCUUGAUUUGCCUGCACAGAAAAAUCUCCUGACCAACUACUUCUGCACUGCUUCUCUUGAAGCAAAACAGAAAUUUAGGGCACCAAGAACUAGCCCUAUUGUUCCAAAUUCAAAGGUUGGAGUUUCAAGCCCUUGGGCAGGCAGUAGAGCUGACUCUUAUAAAUUCGAGAGCUUGUCAAUGUCCUCGCCUGAUCCUCUGGGUGUAUCUUCUGCUCGGGUGGAUGAUGAUAUUCUCUUGAAAGCUUCCAUGUAUUUGGAGUCAAAAAGUCAAGGACUACCACAAGAGGAAGAAAUUGCAAAUGGCCUAGGACUACAAACUGUUCCACUGCAGCAUCCAAUAUGUAAACCAUGCAUCACACUGAGUAAUGAGCGUGCUCUGGAUUUAAGUGAGAGCAAGACACGAGCUGCCAAAAACAAAGUGAUAGUGAGGAGCAGCUAUUUUCUUAAGAAUAACAAAAAGGAAGAUUUUCAGGAUGAUAAGAGAGAGAUAAAUGAGGCUGCCAAUGAUAAAUCUCGUAGCAGCAUGCGGGAGAAUGAUUUUGAUUCUAUGGCAGAUGCAAGGAAUGGAGCAGUUUUAGCAGCAGUUAAAAAUGCUGUUCCACGGAGUUCUUAUUUUCAGCAUAAGCCAUCAGCAGAAAGUGUUCCUGCAGGUGAUACUGAAGAGAAAGAGAAAGAGAAAAAAAGAGUAAUAGUAAGGAGUUCUUACUUUCAGAAGAACUUGGCAAAUGAAAAUUCUCACGGCAACUCGGAUGUUGCUGUUGAGCUGGAACAUACCUAUCCCAGGGAUUCUUCAGGAAAUGAUUGCUCUGAAAGGGGAUUAAAGAAAAGGAAGGUUACCUUCAUUGACACUGUUCAAACUGAAAAUGCAAGUGCUGAUUGUUUAGAGGCUGACACAUCUGGCUAUCAAGGCGACUUCAACUCCAACCUAGAUGAUUCAACUAAGGAGACAAAGAAGGGACAAGGGAAAUUCGGUUCCAACAUCUCUCAUUUAGGAGAUUAUUCUCAAAUAUCAGAGAAAUCAAUGGAAAAUUUUGUUUCAGUCAUAUCAUCAUUUAGAUACACCUCAAAUGGUUCUCGAGCCAGUGGACUACGAGCCCCUUUAAAAGAUAUUAAGAAUACCAGCACUAAUAGGUCCUCUAUUGACAUGGAUCUAAGCAAGUUUGUCUACAAGCCAACAAAGCAAAAGCAAUUAUCAGCACGUCGUAAGGAUACUAGAUAGCUUUAUUGGUGAAGGUGUGAUUGAGGUUUACAGGACAUAAUUCAAGGAGUGCAAUUUUAAUUUGGAGGAAUUGAUAAAUGAUUGCAAAGCAAUGCUUAAUAGUAGAAACGGACGACAAGAUCAAUAGUAAAAGAAAAAUUAAAUUGGAAAGAACUGUUACAAGCUUGCAAAACUACACUGACCUGCUCUUGUCUAUAGUGAAUUUAGCAGUUGUCAGCUUGAUAACUAAAUUCCCAUUUUAUAGUUUCUUUGAUUCAGGUUCAGCUCUGAACGGGAAAUCUUAUCGAGAAGCCAUUCCUUUGUUUCUUUGGCUGCCUGAAAUUUGAAGUUUCUCAUCACAUUCAUUGUAAACUAAAUUUUUGAAGGGUUCAUAAACUUCCCCUUGGUUUUCGGUUUUUAUUAUUUUUUAUGAUUCUUCUCCACCUUGUAUUUUUGGUCUUCUCAAUUCCCAUAUUUGACAUGCAUUUAGGUUCCCUAUUGAUUUUUCUCAGAGGGUUAAGGCCUAUACACAGCUCAUUUCACUCACAACAAUUGUAUCUGUACAUUAGGAAUGAAAUUCUUAUCUGAA